AGAUGUGAUAUGCCUUCCCUUGAAAAAAAUAUUGAAGUUUUUUCCUGAAUUGUCGGUGGUGAAGGAUCUCCGUAGACUUGACUUUAUCUAACACUGUCGAGUUACACAGUUAUCACACCUGAGACGUACCCCCACGAGAUGCAGGUCCUAUGUAAAGCUGCCACCUUUCUCCUAGCCACCAUCAUUCUACUCACAGGUGGAGCUGAGAGUAGUCUGUCCUCCUGUCCGUCCUCCCUGACUCGGAAUAACUAUCUAAAAGAGUACAAAGAGUAUUGUCUACAAUUUGUACACGGCGAGAAAACCUGGGACGAUGCUAGGGCAGACUGUAACAAACAUGGCGGAGAUCUCGUUCAGGUCGUCGAUCAAGAUUUCCAGAACUUUGUCGUUACUACACUGAGAGACGUUUUAAACUGGGACAGACACGGCGUCUGGAUUGGUGCCACUGACCAUGACGUGGAAAAGAAGUGGAUGUGGGUCACAGGCCAGGAAUUGACUUGGUCCUUUUGGCAACCUGGAGAGGGUCCACAUCACACUGGGGGAUUCCUGUUCGUCCCCAGUAACGAGGCCGAGGACUGUGCCCAGAUCCGUCUGGACGACGCCCUAGGGAGGUGGCACGACUAUCGCUGUAGUGGAUUAGGAAUUCAUUAUUCCUAUAUCUGUCAGUACUAUAAGGUAGACACGAACUCACAGGCGCCAACAGUACCUCGGAUGACCACGGAAGCUGUGAAACCCCCACAUCCAGUGUCAACCACUGGCAUUGACGGAUCCACGGGACAGCAAAACAUCCACACAGCGGACUAUUUCAAUACGAUGGAAACCACAGCCAAUAGUGGUUUAUAUAUUUCUACUGAACACUAUGUCGACUCCGACACAACCAGCAUUCAGUAUGAUGAAAAGUCUGAGGAUUAAAAUCCAUGAUUUCUUUCGAAUAAAAAUGUAAUGAUAAAACAUCAUUAAAAGCGUGCAUGGUUUAA